UAUUCAUGCCUGCUUAUUGUCUUUAUCAAUUUUCAUAGUGUAAGCUCUGGAGGAUAUUUUUUAUCGAUUGAAUAGGAAAAACCCGCAGGAUUGUAGAAAAGCGAAGCGUCGAGGUCGAAGAGGUUGCGUGGUCACGUGAUACUGGUUGGUACAAUCGAUCAAUCAUUGAAGAGAAUAACAAAGUUGAGAGGUCUUCAAACAUGGCGGGCAGUACAUCUCCGGUUUCGAAGCAGGCAUUUCACGAGACCUACGAGCUAAAGGAAGAACUGGGAAAAGGUGCAUUCAGUAUUGUUCGUCGAUGUGUACAUAAGGAGACGAGACUUGAGUAUGCCGCCAAAAUUAUCAACACCAGAAAAUUAUCAUCCAGAGAUCUUCAGAAGCUCGAACGAGAAGCCAGGAUAUGCCGCCUACUAAAGCAUCCUAACAUUGUUAGACUUCAUGCUAGCAUUGCAGAAGAAGGAUACCACUAUCUAGUGUUUGACCUAGUAACAGGAGGAGAAUUGUUUGAAGACAUUGUUGCAAGGGAAUACUAUAGUGAAGCUGAUGCAAGUCACUGCAUACAGCAGAUACUUGAAAGUGUUCAUCACUGCCAUCACAAUAAUGUAGUUCAUCGCGAUUUGAAGCCUGAGAAUUUACUUCUUGCAAGUAAAGAAAAAGGUGCAGCUGUCAAGCUAGCUGACUUUGGGUUAGCCAUUGAGGUGGAUGGUGACAAACAUGGUUGGUAUGGUUUUGCAGGAACACCAGGUUAUCUCUCUCCAGAAGUCCUCAAGAAGGAGCCUUAUGGCAGAUCUGUGGACUUAUGGGCAUGUGGUGUUAUCUUGUACAUUCUACUUGUUGGUUACCCUCCUUUUUGGGAUGAAGACCAACACAAAUUGUAUGCUCAGAUUAAGGCUGGCGCUUAUGAUUAUCCAUCCCCAGAAUGGGAUACAGUCACAGAUGAGGCAAAGGAGCUCAUUAACACUCUGUUAUGCGUUGAUCAGUCCAAAAGGAUAACAGCUACAGAAGCGCUGAAACAUCCGUGGAUCGUGAACCGUGAACGUGUGGCCUCCAAAGUACACAGACAAGAAACGUUGGACGGAUUGAAGAAAUUCAAUGCUAGAAGGAAACUUAAGGGCGCAAUUCUGACCACUAUCCUGGCAACGAGUAAUUUUAAUCUUUCUUCAGUUCGACCUUUUGUCAGUAAGAAAAAGGGAUCGGAUGAGGAACUUACGGUUCAUUCUGAAGAUGAACAUGAGGUUGACGUGUCAGCAAAUAAAGCCAAAGAACAGCACAUCAUUCAACUUACUCAGAAGUUGAUAACUAGUAUCACGACUGGGGACUUCGACACCUACAGCAAAUUAGUAGACCCACAUGUGACAGCGUUCGAACCUGCAUCUAAUGGCAACUUAGUUGAAGGCUUAGAGUUCCACAAGUUUUAUUUUGACAAUUUGCUCGGCAAAAGAGCAACUCCAGUCAAUACAACUAUUUUGUCGCCCCACGUACACAUGCUAGGAGAUGAAGCUGCUUGUAUCUGCUACGUUCGGCUUCAACAGUUCAUAAGCAGUGCUGGUGUACCGUUGACAAGGCAGACGGAAGAAACACGAGUCUGGCAGAAAAAGUCUGGACAUUGGAUCAACGUACAUCUACACAUAUCAAACGCGACAUGCAGUCCGAAAAGUUAAGACGAGUUGGCUGCACAUGGUAAUUCCUGACGUCAUUGUAAUGGCGGAAGUACUUUAGCGUAUGGCGCUUUGAAAUAAUACACGAACUGAGUGGCACGUGACUAAGCAGGACGCCCGCAAUACAUGAUGGCCAUUGACUUUUGUCAAACUAGUAAAAUUGAAUCGCAAAAAGGUUGCUUAUACUAGAACAUAAUGCUUGUUUUAAACUGUGUCAACUUGUAUUUUAAGAAAUAAUAUUACUGCGUUCUGCCGCACCAUGUAGUAAUAUCCGGCUUUUGGUCAUGAUUUUACGGGAUGUUUGGUAGAUUUUAUUUCAAGGUUGUAAAUACUAUCUAAAGUAACAAUAGGUUUCUUUCAAUGCUGCAAUGUAGUUAUGAAAACAGUCACUUUCUCCAAUGAAGGCCAUGGAAAUGUAGGCCGAGUCCUCACAGUUGGAAGUUAUUUAUUUAUUAAUUUUUUCCCGAAUUCAGGGAUUAUUGUUGCAUACAAUUGUUGGAAAUGUUGGAAUUUUCUCAGUGUGUUAUUUGAAUGUCGAUUAUGUAGGUGUGGUAAAAGAAAAGUUGCGUGAUACAAUAGAAUCUAAUUUUUAAUUGAAUUUAGGAAUUUUAAUUUUAAAAUGUAAUAUUUGGGGUAUGAUGAGGGUUUAACUACUUCACAAAAAUAUUUUACAAGUUGUUCUAGCUUGUUAUUGAAUUACAAACUAUAUGGCGCAAAACAAAAUUAAUCUGUUAUAAACAGUAAACUCAAUAGUAGGAGGGAAAUAUUUGGCGCUUAAAAAGGUUUAACAGUUUUAUUAUUAUUAUCAUUAUUAUUAUUAUUAUUAUUAUAAUCGUAAGUCAUUAUUAUUAUUAUUAUUAUUAUUAUUAUUAUCAGUGUAUUAUGAUAAUCUUUAUUGUCAUUGUUAUAACUACUAAUAUAACACGUGUUACAUUUCAAGUAAUUAACAGAGAAUUUUCGAAUGAAUGUCAAGUUGCAAAACCAGAUCCAAGGUUAUUCUCACGGCCGAUCAGAACAAAGGAAAUAGUAGCGGGAAUUCUAUUGAGAAUUUCUUUAUUCCGACAACCGAUUAAUUGCAUUUAGGUAAUUAACUGAAUUUAAGCAAUUUAGAAGUUCAUGAAACCUGCUGGCCUUUGAAACUGUCAUUCAUAUGUCAACUUCCAUCGGACAUAAUUAAUACGCGCAGAUUAUAGUAGUAGUACAUUUACAGUAGGCGCUCAUGUUUUACUUACUUCCAGGAUCAAGAGUCAGAGAGAAAAAUUUGUUAGCUUUGCUUACUUAGGAUUUUUGGAAUUGUCCAUAUUUCGUGAAUUUCGUCGUGCCUGUCAACUUAAGAGGCCCCCGUCAAGGUCUUUGGACAGGUUGCAAGUUUUCUGUAGUGUUCGUGUCUUUGUUACCGUUAAUUUCGUCGGGACAUUCGUCUCUCAAGACAAAUAUCCAGGAAGGAAUGUCAUGAUGUUUUAAUGUAAUUUUUGUCACUUGUCUUUUUACCAAAACAUGUCUAAAAGUCGUACACUUCGUAACUUUGAAACCAAGUCCAACCCGGGACUUAGCACUUUAUUAACAGACCAAAGCGCAAGUCUCUAUGUGGAUUUAAGUUACACUAUAGCUGCCCUAAUCUCUCCAUGACCAUCUAAUUAUCUCUUUUCAACAGCAAUUGCAUUUUUACAAGUAAAAAUUUUGUGCCCAAGGCCAAAUUCUUAUACUAGUAGUACUAAUUAUCGAUUUAACCUUUUACAUUGCGACAGAUUGUCCUUGAAGGAGGGCACACGUCGCGCUAUAUAUCUGUUGCAAAAUUUACUGUAGUUUUCUGUGCCAGCUGAAAUAAUUCAAACUGUAAUUGAUGGAUAGCUCAUUGCUUCAAAUUAAAUAAAGAUGGCCGUGGC